AUGACGGCCAUGAAGGAGAACCUCAACGCGGUCUUCGACCCCGCGGGGAACGGCCUCUCCCCAGACAUCCUCGGCGUGCUGGAGUCGAUACUACGCGUGCACUCUAUCGGGCCGGACGAGCUGUUUAUAAAAUGGGAGGUGUACUGCCUGAAGAUGGGGAGCGAGGAGACGAAGCUGGACCUGGAGACGGCGCGCAUGUUUGCAAAGGACGUUCAGGACUCGGUCGAGAGGGGCGAGCGCAACCAGCAGACGGCGCCGAAGUCUGCGGUCAAGUCUGAAAGGAAAAGUCUCGUCCACGCUACGCCGAGGGCGGGGGGGACUUCGGACGUCUUUGGGAUGCUGGACGAGCUCACUCCCAAUGCGAUCUCGCGACGAAACGGAAGUGUCAAGAGAAAAGCAGAUUUCGACUCGCCGGUACCGAGGAAAGUCAGCCGUCCGGAGACCACGAACAGAACGCCAGGCAAGGCCGGGAAGCUCGAUGCAUCUGCAGGCGUACCAUUCUCAGAACGGCCGAACGCAGGACAAGUUAUCGAGACAUUGAACGAGCACCUCUCGGCAGCCGAAGCGCCAAUUGCGCCCUUCUCUCAAGCGCGACUGCGCCUCGUCUCUGGGACGGAAUAUAAAAAGUUUCAGUAUAAACCCAUGGCGAUGCGCCUGCGGGAGUCGUCGGAGGUGCUGGAUGAGCGGAUCGACGAUUUCCUGGCCCUCGUCCAAAAAGCCCACAACCUGGAAGACUCGGCGUUUGGGAAUGCCGCGGCGCAGCGGACAAGCGAGAUCGUCGCGGUGGGAAGGAUCGCGUGCGACACGGCCGAUGGCAAGCUGAACUCGGCGUCACUCGUGCUGGAGAUGUCCAGACGAAUGGGCGCGGGCCUUCGCGUGCCUCUGAAAGUGGACGGGUUGUCAUCGUACCAGUUCUUCCCGGGCCAGAUCGUCGCAUUGCGAGGCACAAACGCGUCUGGGCUUUACUUCACGGUCAAGGAGGUGAUUACGGUGCCAAAGCUCCCCAUGCCCUCCUCACUGCCGACCAACAUCGAGGCCAUCAACGAGCGCCUCGAAGUGUCGGAGGACUCCAGCUCCCUCCCACUCAAUGUCAUGAUCGCGUCAGGUCCGUACACGGCCGAAGACAACCUCGACUACGAACCGUUCCAGGCCCUGUGCGAGAAAGCCGAGGAGUUGAUGGCCGACGCUCUCAUACUGACUGGACCGUUUCUCGACAUUGAGCACCCAAUGCUGGCAUCGGGCGACUUCGACCUGCCAGACGUGCGAGGUCUGGACCAAGAAGCCACACUGGCCACGCUCUUCCGACUGUGGAUCUCCACGCCUCUACAGCGUCUAUGUUCCGCGGUCCCUGGCAUCACGGUGGUCAUGAUCCCAAGCACGCGCGACUUGAUGAGCAAACACGUCAGCUGGCCACAAGAACGACUAACGAAGAAAGACCUCGCGCUACCCAAGCAAGUCACGAUGCUUCCGAAUCCUUCUUUCAUUUCACUAAACGAGGUUGUCUUUGGCGUGUCGUCCCAAGACAUCCUGUACGAGCUCAGUCGGGAGCAAUUGUCUCACGGCCCGGGGCAAGAUCUCCUGACCAGACUGCCCGGGUAUCUGAUCGACCAGCGGCAUUUCUUCCCUCUCUACCCGCCCAUGUCCAGGGAUAAACUCUCCAGCAACGGUGUCGUGAAGGCGACCGGCGCGUGUUUGGAUGUGGGAUAUCUCAAGCUUGGUGAAUGGAUGCAGGUCAAGCCCGAUGUGCUCAUUCUACCGAGCAUGUUGACGGCUUCUGUCAAGGUCGUUGACAGCGUCAUGGUAAUCAACCCCGGACAACUGUCCAAGCGCAAGGCCGCAGGGACGUACUCGCAGAUAUCACUGCAUCCGCGCAUAUUGUCUGAGGAGGAAAAGUCGGCCAGGGCCGUGGCUCAUAAUGUCUUUGAACGAGGGAGGGUUGAUGUCGUAAGAAUAUAG